UGUACAUCCGAAAGUUAUGAAGCUAUUCCUUGCCCUCGUAGCUGCCGUGUGCCUGACCGCAUACGUUCAGGCCACAUCUCUUAGUACCACCGUAGCAAACGCUAUCAGCACCUCGAACUUCAACCUUGCCACAGCAAUCCAGCAGGUCAACAGCUCGAUCAAUACCGCAGAUCAGACCGCCCUGACCUCGUGGAACCAACUUGGGCAAUCUUUGUCAAACCUAUACACUUCGUAUAACCAACGCUUCGUGAAUUACACCACCAUCGAUUUGAGUGUUUUCACUACCGCCAUCAACAAUAUCCAAAACACGAUCAGCAGCGCUCCCACGACCAUCCAGGGUGACUCCAUCAGUAAUCUGUUCUCCGCCGUUCAAUCGAGUGCUGAUCAAGUCGCAGAAAUUCUUACUGAUGCUGCGGCCAACAUUUCCAGUGUCUGUGCCAGCAGUUGUACCACGAAGGCAACCACCUGCACAACCAAGUUUGGUGCUAAGUUGGCCGUCAGUCCGAUUACUGUCGACCGCGUAACCGAUUGUAUUAGUGCCGAACAAACCCGAUAUACCAGCAUUGGUUCCAACGUCGCUUCGCAAUACAACAAUAUCCUUACCAAUGCCGUAAACUACCUUGCAGUUGUCAACGUUUGCGACACUCCGUCAGCGGAUGUCCUGAACAACAAAACGGCGAGUUACACUCCUACUACGAAUUGCCUAUCGGAUUACCUAAACAGCGUUACCAACUUCCAACUGUACACAUCAUAUGUUGACAACAUUCGAUCAGUCCAGACGGAUUUGGUGGCCUUCCGGGUGCAGCGUUGUGCGUCCCUGGUUGCAUUGGACGUGCAGGAUCGCGUCACUACGGUGCUGAACAACUUCUACAACUGCGUGGGAUAAAAUGGGCAUAUUUGUCAGACUUGAAAAAUAACAAAUAUCAUUUGAAAAGUGGGUA